AUGGCGCAGCCGGAUUCGGUCCAGGCAAACGGCAUCCCUGGACCGGACCAUGCUGAGUCCCCCCAACCCGUCGUCCCUGUAAAGAGGAAGCGCGACACCGAUGACGAUGGCGAGGACAUCAGCGCCGAUGGCCCCGAGAAGAUGGAUGUCGAUGGCUCAUUGCCGAAGGAGGAUCACAAACCACUCAUCAAGGACUACUUUACUGUCCUGAGCAGUUUUGAUACAAAGCCAUCAAUUUUGAAGCGUCGCCUUCCCGAGCCUGAGUCUGAGCAGCCCGAUGCGAAACGCCAGAAGCCCGACGAUUGCCCGGUUUCCAUCGCCGACAAGGUCAGCCGCGACUCCUACUCGCAUGUUGACGAACUUGCAGCAGACCUUGUCGAGGCCGUCAAGGAUCAGCUCCGAGAACUCCAAUCAACCAACACCGAGAGGGAGAAGGAAGAGACCGAUGGUGUCGCUGUAGUACAGACCAAGAAGUUUAAGGAGAAGGCCAUGGAUCUACUCCGACGGGAGAUAUCCUACCCACGCACCGCCAUGAAUAUCACCAACACAAAGCCCGAUGUUGAGUCCACUGCAGCCAACGCUGUCCUGACGGUUUUCGGCAACGCUCCUCAAGGCAAGCAACUCUUUUCGAGUCUGCCAAAGAAAGCCUUGGACAAGGAGACUUCCCCUGAAAAGCAAUCAUCAAUGUUGGACCUCCCACCCGGCGUGUCUACUUCCUAUAUCGUUCCUUCACGACAAACCGAGAGAACAGCGACACUGGGGGAACUAUUCUCUUCAAGUCGGCCCCUUCCUCCACUGCAGCCGCCGAAGCAACCAAAGCCGGUGGCCAAGGGGAAUACUCUCGGUUUUUACCAUCCUGAGCCGGCACACAAGUCCAAGUACUUCAAUGAUUCGUACUCCAGCAAGAAGUUGGCGGUUGGCUACUACUUGGACUACACUAACGCGGCACCCUCAUCCAAGAGCAAGACGAGGCAACGUGAACGGGCGCAGAGCUUGGCCGGUCAUAGACCCUCGUCAACUGAAUUGGAGGUCAAUGAGAUGGAAUCGCUGUUCCGCAGCGCAUUCUCCAGUUUUGCUCCCUGCAGAGAUGACUCGGGUUCUGUCGUCCCAUCCAGUCAUGCCGGUCGCAUGUACUGGCAGCUCACUGGCCAGCGCAACUUUAAUCGAAUGGUUGAGUCCGAACUACAAGAAGUCAACGGCGAAGACGCGACCGAGGAGUCUGUCGUGAAGGAGGACGAGACCGGACAGGUUGAUGAGGAGUUCGUCAACGAAGCGAUUGAGAAGUGGGAUGAGUGGCUGGUGGAUCCGGCUUUGCAAGACAUGAACGACGUCCUUGCCAAGCCCAAGGACAAGGAUCCUGCCGACAAGGAGGUCGAUGACUUCCUUGACGACGUCACCGACAUGAUCGAGACGUUGCUGUCGUACCAGCGCAUCCGCAACCUUUCGUUGCCAUCAUCUCAGAAUCGCUACGCGGGUGAUCCUGUCAAUGGCGACCUGCUGUCUCAUGGCGCUGUUUCGACACCGACGGAGGAGGAGACCGCGACAUAUGAAGCAUUGAGAGCGCAGCUGAGUCUGAUCAUCAACACCCUGCCUCCUUACGCAGUCGCCAGGCUUAACGGCGACCAACUUGAGCAGCUUCUUAUCAGCACCAAACUUGAAGUUCGCACAGACCAGUUCAAGGGUGUGAUGGAGGAUGACGCUGCUUCCCAAGCCCGUAUGCGCCAGCAGCAAAGCGUGGCCGCGGCCGCACCUCCGAAUCGGCCUGCCCCGCACCGCACGCCCAGUGUAUCCACGCCGUACGGCGGCCAAUACAGCUCGGCCCAGUACGGCACCCCCACACGGACACCGUCAAUCGCUCCGUCCAAUUACUAUCGAACGGGUCAGCAACCGGCGAUGCCCCCGCAGCAAGGCUCUGUCCCGCGACCUGGCGGUGUUCCCCACCAAAUGUCUCAUACACAACAGCCCCGCCCCGGCCAGCCAGGCAACUAUCGGCCUACCAAUGGAUACACCAACUUUGCACAGCAUGUUGGGAAGGCUCAGACGCCGUACGGCCACCAAGGCGUCCAGUAUGGAUCUCAGCAGAGACCCCCGCAGUACCCGGGAUACCCGGGAACGCCUCAGCACAAUACGCCCAAUGCCCGUUUCCAGCAACCGUACCAGCAGUCUUUCCCGCAACAACCGAGUACGCCAUCUCAAGGUUACGGAGGCUACUAUUCAAAUGGUGCCAAUAUGCAACAACGGACCCUGUCUCCACAGGUUUCAGCCGGCCAGUAUCAGUCGCCGACUCCCCACCAGCAGCCACGGUACUACGGCUCGACCCCCCACCAAAACAUGCCUGGCACCCCUCCGAUCAACCGUCAGCAAUAUCCGAAUGGUAGUCACCUCCCUCAGCAACCCUUGAACUCUCUGACGCCUGGGUAUAACGCAGCCGUUGCGAGGGCAGAUCAGCAGCGCCUGCAUGCUGAACAAGCCAGAUACCGAGCCGCAGCGCAGCAAACGAGUGCUGCUUUUGGAACCAAGAUACAGGGGUCCCAGGAGACGCCGAUGUCUCAAGUCCCUGGCGAUGAACCCAACUCUCAAGGGUCUCCGUACAAUGCGAACAUGAGAGCCCGCAUGGCUGCCGGCGGUACCCCGAAACCGCAGAGUCCCGUGGGAAACGCCGGAAAGGCAACCAACGGCACUCCACCCAUCCCUCACAAAGUAACGCCGGUACCCAUACCAGUUAUACCUCAACAGCAACAAAGGAAGCCAGCCUAG